AUGGCAGACUCGAAUGAGCGAGGAGCAGAUUAUGAAGCCCAGCAUGUCCACUCGGUGUACGAGGAGAUAGCCCAUCAUUUUUCAUCAACGAGAUACAAGCCAUGGCCGAUUGUUGAACGCUUCUUGAAAGAGCAAAAAGAUGGUGCGGUCGGGCUAGACAUUGGAUGUGGAAAUGGCAAGUAUCUUGCCGUCAACCCCAACGUGUUCAUGGUAGGAUCAGAUCGGUAUGUGUACACCACAAGCUCUGCAAGCCCAAAUUCAUAA